UAGUCCAGUCUAAGCGUGCGGAUCCGUUCUACGAGGCCCAAGAGAACCACAACCUGAUCGGAGUAGCAAACGUGUUCCUGGAGUGUUUAUUCCACGAUGUGAAGCUGACAUACGCAGUACCCAUCCUCAACCAGCAGGGGGAGGUGGCGGGGCGUCUCCACGUGGAGGUGAUGCGUGUGUGUGGGGGCGGGGCUUUGGAGCGUGCGGGAGGAAGUGACGACUCAUCAGAACACUCGUCAGGAAGCAGCGAACAGACGGAACACCUGACACGCAAACUCACAUGCAGGGUGUGUAUCCGCGAGGCGACUGGCCUUCCUGCCCGCCUGUCAAACUUCGUCUUCUGCCAGUACAGCUUCUGGGAGCAGGCGGAGCCUACGGUAGCCCCGCCCCUGGUCAGCCCGGACACGCCCCCUCCCAGCCCAGACGACGCCAACUACACAGUCCGCUUCCACCACUGCCGGGACUAUGUGGUGAGUGUGUCUGAGGAGCUGGUGGAGUAUAUUUCAGAGGGCUGCCUGGCUAUUGAGGUGUAA